AUCUUACUGACAUGCUGAGAAGCACAUAUACUGAAUUGCUAUAAAUACAUUAAUCAGUGAUCUGUAUAAUUUGUCCUCCUGCAGUAUUAAGGUCAUUAACACCUCUGUAGUCGCUAUGUGUGAUUCAAUGGGGUGUUGUAGGGAGGGGGCGACAUUCCUAAGCCUCCUCUAAUGGGGCGAGAGGGUAUCCCAGGGCAACACUCCCCCUCCCUCCACAAUAAAACAGCCCCCCCUACCCAUUCCCCUCUAUAUAUAUGUCCGCCCAGACCCCGAGCCUCAGAACUGACCGGUCCUGAAAUAUCAGGACUCCAAGAAACCUGCAAACGUGUAAGUGACCCCCGAUUACAGCUCCUACUGACUCUACGGAGACCCCCAACUACAACCCGACUGACCCUGCGGAAACCCCAUAGGGCUACAGAUCCCUCCAGUAAUACCCCAGAAUGAAAGGAACCUCAGCCCUCACCGUGGUGACCCUACUGAUUGUGGGUGUCUAUGGACGACCCUCCCCACAGCUCAAGCAACUCAAGUCUCUGGUGGACAUUCUAUCCCAGGACCUCUCCUCUUCAGAGGAACUGAUGCUCCUGGAUAGUAUGGAUGAGUUGGGGAUGCCACCCUCCGGCCCUCGCCCUAGGGACACUCUGCUUGCCCCUGAUUCAGCCCAGAUGCCCCCCAAUCGUGCAUGGCUCCGUGUCUUCAGUGACUUCAUGAACAACCAGAAAAAAUUUCGAGGACGUACAAGGAAAUCUGGGACGAGCCGUGGAUGUUUUGGGAUGAAAUUGGAGCGAAUUGGAACCAUGAGCGGUUUAGGAUGCUGACACCAGGUGUCGACCAUUGACGAGCCCCUCUAAGGGACGAUGAUCCCCUCCCCCUUCCCUGACCGCAGUCUCUACCACUGCUACUAAAGAAUGUAACUGCAACGGAACGACCCCACCCAUCAUGACGACCUCCGCCCGGCCGCGGAGAAGCUGUCUCUGUAUUCUGUGUCACAGACGUUUAGUCCGCCCUGCGCCGUUUCCUAGAAGACGCCAUCGCUUUAAUUGUAGCGGACGAUGAACUGAUAUUUAGCCUUUAGGAUGAUACUCAGGACGACAGAGGAAGGAUUCCUCUGAGCCAUGUAGAUCCAGUAGUAAAACUGCACCACCAGCUAACACUGUACAUGACGCUAUGGUGGGCCCCGGGGCCCGCACUCAGAAAUACUAAUAAAACAGUCACUUGUAA